CGGGUUUUAUGACGUCGCUGUCGCGCUUGCUCAGCUUCUCGGGCUCGGCGCGCGCUGUUUUGAAGUUUGUUCGGUUUGUCUGUUGCCGCCGCUGUCGUUUGAUUUCUGAGAGUUUAACUCGGUUAAUGCGAAAGAAUGGCUCAACAUUUCGGGCGAUUGAAAGUGGGACUUAUUGUUAAAAUUCAACGUAGCAAUGGGAUGAUACAAGAUGCAAGCAUAACUGAAUUGUUUACGGAGAAAUCUUGUGUAAGAGCUGAGUGGCUAGAAGACACCAUAAGUAAGGCCAAAGAGAUUGACAUUGAAAGCUUACUAUUGUUAAAUCCUCACUUAGUAGAGAAGAUGCCACCUUCAAAUCUGCCAAGAAGGAACUCAAGGGUCCCAAGACGUGAAUCAGCACUGCCAAGAAAUGGGGUCACAAAGGAAAUACCACGCUCGACUCGUUCAAGAACACAAGCCACACUGGAAAUGCAAUUUGUGCCCAAUUCAAGACCAGAAGUAGAACCUGUAAGCUUCAGGAACAUUUCCACGGGAAGAAAGUCUGUCUGUGUAAGAGAAACUGAAAAGCUGAGAAAGCAGCGUGAAGAUAGACGAACUCAGCUACAGGAAAUACGGGAAAAGCGUGGACAGGAAUGUGAAACGGGUAAUCCAAACUGGGAAUUCAUGAAGAUGAUUGCAGAACUCCGAACUACUUUAGACUCUUAUCAACAUCUGUCUACUUCAGACCCUGUUGAGUUGCACAAAAUAUGUGUCUGUGUCCGAAAACGACCUCUCAGCAAAAAAGAAAAGGCAAAAAAAGAGAUUGAUGUAAUUACAGUUUCCAGCAAAAAUGUAGUUCUGGUACAUGAGCCAAAGAUGAAGGUUGAUCUCACCAAGUAUCUGGAUAACCAACCCUUCAGAUUUGACUAUGCCUUCGAUGAUUUUGUUACCAAUGAAGAGGUAUACAGAUUUACAGCAAAGCCUUUAGUACGGACCAUCUUUGAAAGGGGAAUGGCUACCUGCUUUGCCUAUGGACAGACUGGAAGUGGUAAAACUCACACUAUGGGUGGUAAUUUCUCUGGGAAAAACCAAGAUUGUUCAAAAGGAAUCUACGCUUUUGCAACUCAGGAUGUGUUUUUGCUGCUUGAACAGCCCCGAUACAAGGAUCUUAACCUGAAAGUAUCCGUAAGCUUUUUUGAAAUCUACAGUGGGAAGGUAUUUGAUCUCUUGAAUAAGAAAACUAAGCUGCGUAUAAUGGAAGACAAUAAACAACAGGUACAGAUUGUAGGGCUCCAGGAACAGAACGUCUUCUGUGUAGAUGAUGUGAUCAUGAAUAUUGAUAUGGGGAACAAUUACAGGACAUCUGGGCAAACUUCUGCAAAUAGCAAUUCCUCCAGGUCCCAUGCAGUAUUCCAGAUUAUUCUUCGGAGGAAUGAUAAGCUUUAUGGUCAGUUUUCCCUCAUUGACCUGGCUGGAAAUGAGCGAGGUGCUGAUACCAGUAGCGCAGAUCGACAAACACGCAUGGAAGGCGCAGAGAUUAAUAAAAGCCUACUUGCCUUGAAGGAGUGCAUUCGAUCACUGGGGCAGAAUAGUAUCUAUACACCAUUUCGAGCAAGCAAACUGACCCUGGUUCUGAGAGAUUCAUUUAUUGGAGAAAACUCUAGGACUUGCAUGAUUGCAAUGAUUUCACCAGGAUUAAAUUCCUGUGAACACACACUAAAUACGUUGAGAUAUGCGGACAGGGUAAAAGAACUUGGUGUUGAGGAAGUUUCCAAUGAACCAGCAUGUUCCACAAUAUCUAAAGAGCAAAGAUUCAACGAGUCCUUGGAGUCUGACAUUCGGUUGCUCUGUGAGAAAAAUCCUGGCGAACUUCAAAAUGAGAAUCAGAAAAUGGUUACAACGCAUGGUGGUUUGUCUUUGGAUGCUUCUCAGGAGGCACCAUCAAAGAUUUGUGACUUGCAUGUAGACGUUUCUAGAAUUCUUGAACUGGAAGAGCAAGUAGUGGAUGAACAUCGAGAAAUUCAACAGAAACUACUACUCUGGAGUGAUGCAGAUGACAAACUCCUGAAGAUGACUCAGCUACCUGACUAUAAUGUUGAGAAUUACACCAACAUACUACAAACAUACAUUGAUGAAAGGAUGGAAAUAUUUCAAGAUUUCGACAAAAACCUGAAGGCCUUGAGACAAGCCUUGCAGAAGGAGGAACAAGCUGCCAAAACUCAAGGCUGAGAUGUCAUCGGCAUCAAUUUGUGAAUUUGAAAUUGUGUUAGAGCACUUGCAUUGUAACUCAUGGCCACUGAAUUCAACUGUCAUUCAUACAGGGGCCAUAAACUUUGCAUGUGUUCCUCCUUACUGUUCCUGUCCUUACAAUCCUCUUUCUAAAAGUUUGUCUGUGAAUUUCCUUAUGUUUUCUUUUGAAAAUUGUACAGAUUUAUAUCUAGUAUAUAAUAUGCUUAAACUGACUUUGUCACCUAACUAAAUGUGGAAGUACGCGUACAUAGUGCAGGUUUGAUUAGUUUUUCAGGGUGCAUUGAUUUCUCUAACCCAUUCCUCAGUUGCUUGUGAAGAAAUGAUCUUCCAUAAGAUUAAAUGUAUUAAAUAGGAGGAUGGAAUUACUGUGCAUCCUUGUCCCCACUUUCCCCAACCUUCCCCAAUAAGUUCCAUGAGACCAAUUUUAAUAUGCUGGUAUUGUGGAACUGUAUUUAAUACAUACACUCCACAACACAUUAUUUUAUGAUUGUCCUAAUAGGAUAUACUACCAAACCUUUUUCGUAUUUGGGCUUCGUGAACAGUAGUUUUUUUUUUAUCCUCCUCAAGUAAUAAUUGAUUUUCAAACCAAAGGCCAAUUCACUAUGCACAUUAAACAUUUUGGAACUUGGUAUACGUUUGUUAGAUUGCUGAAAUAUUUUCUGAAUUCUUGGUGGUCUUUAUUAGGUUUGUAAAUCAGCUGCAGGAUGUUGGAACUCUUGCCUUGCAGUAAAGGAAAAAAUCGAGCUCUUAUGCAGUCUGGAAGAGCAGAUGUGAAGCAUGGCAAUCUGAGAUUUUUGAAUUGUUCUGAGAGCAAAAUUAGCAACUUUGCAUAGAAUUUGCUUAAUUCAUGAGUAAAAGCAUUUCAUACACUUGUAUAUUUUUUUAAUCCUGUGUCUGAAAAUGGAGUAGGAGGAGAGAAAUCAAUAGUUUCAAUUCUGAAAUGACCCUUUUUUAAUGUAUAAACUAGCUGUUGAAGAACUGAAUUAAGGUUUUCUUAGUCUACCCCUAAAUAAUUGCAGUAUUGAAGAUGAAAUGUCAAAUGUGGAUUGUUUUAUGAUUCACAUCCAAUCCCAGAAUGCAUGGGUCAUUGGAAUACAUUGAAUUAAAGAAUCAUCAUUAUACUGUAAUGUUUCACAUUUAAUAAAGAAAUUAAAUACCAUG